CAUUAAUGGUUUCGUCUUUGGGAACCUCCCUGAGGUCACGAUGUGUGCCGGAGAUCGGGUCGCAUGGCAUCUCUUUGGGAUGGGCAGUGAGAUUGAUGUCCACACUGCCUUCUUCCACGGACAGACGCUGAUCAGUCGAGGACACCGGUCUGACGUGGCCUCCCUUUUCCCAGCAACCUUUGUGGCAGCUGAAAUGGUCCCUCACAAUGUUGGGAAAUGGCUGUUGACCUGCGAGGUCUCUGACCACUUGCAAGCGGGAAUGGAGGCUCUCUAUGAAGUCAAGCAUUGCUCCUAUCAGGGUUCAGUACCUGCCCUCAGCGGGAAACUACGGCAAUACUACAUAGCAGCCAAAGAAGUGCGGUGGAAUUACGGGCCUUCUGGACUAGACCCAGGUACAGGGAAACGCCUGCAUGAGCCAGACAGUUUCUCACAGCUUUUCUUUAAGGAAAAUGCCAGUCAACUUGGAGGGACAUAUUGGAAAGCCAAAUAUGUUGAAUAUACGGAUGGGACUUUUCGUGUGGAGAAAGAGCAGACGGAGGAAGAAAAGCACCUCGGGAUACUUGGUCCAGUGAUCAAAGCCGAAGUAGGUGACACCAUUCAGGUCAUGUUUGCCAACAAAGCCUCAUGGCCUUUCAGCAUCCAGCCCCACGGUGGACUUUAUGGAAAGCCGUGGGAAGAAGCCCCACACCAGGAUGACCUGCUCAAAAAUGGAGCAUCCGUCAAGCCAUUUGCCAACUUCACAUAUCUCUGGGUGCUACCACCACAUGUUGGCCCCACAGCCUCUGACCCUCCCUGCCUGACCUGGAUGUAUUCUUCUGCAGUGGAUCCCACAAGAGACACCAACUCUGGCUUAGUGGGGCCCUUACUCGUCUGUCGGCCUGGCACGCUCAAUGAGAGAAACCAGCAGAAAGGCAUUGAUAAAGAGUUUUACCUUUUGUUUGGUGUGUUUAAUGAAAACCUAAGCUGGUAUCUGAAUACAAAUCGGAAGGAUCUGAAAUACAGACUGGGGAAAGAAGAACUGGUUGAGGAUCACAUCUUCAAAGAGUCCAAUAGAAUGCAUGCCAUCAAUGGAUUCCUCUUUGGAAAUUUGCCCCUCCUGGAGAUGUGCAAAGGAGAUACCGUAUCCUGGCACCUGCUGGGCUUUGGCAGUGAAACCGACAUUCAUGGGGUUGUUUUCCAAGGAAACACCAUCCUGAGGAAUGGGAUGAGGCGAGAUACAGCCAGUCUCUUCCCUCACACCUUUGUCACAGCCCUCAUGCAGCCCGAUAACCAAGGCACUUUUGGUGUUUACUGUCAGACCAGCAACCACUAUCAGAAUGGAAUGAGAGGCAGAUACUCUGUUCGGCAGUGUGGGGAAAAGGCCUAUUUUCCAAACCGACAGUAUGGGACCGUGAGGACCUUUUACAUCAUGGCGGAGGAGACGGAGUGGGACUACGCUCCAGACCGCAGCUGGGAGUCGGAAAGGCACAACAGCUCAGGAGAGGAAAGGCAUGGCGACAUAUUCCUCAACCGUGAGAAUGGACGACUGGGCUCCCGAUACAAGAAAGUUGUUUAUAGGGAAUAUACAGACGGGACAUUCAAGACCCCGAAGAAGAGAACAGAUGCUGAGCAACAUCUGGGGAUACUAGGUCCCUUUAUUUGGGCAGAAGUGGGAGAUGUGCUGAAUAUAGUUUUUAGGAACAAUGCCACGCGGCCUUACUCCAUUCAUGCCCAUGGAGUCCUGGAAAAGAACCACAGGGACUCUAACACAGCAGUGCCAGGAGGAAUUGUAACCUAUCAAUGGGAUGUUCCCGAAAGAUCUGGUCCAGGACCAAACGAUUCAGCCUGUGUGAGUUGGAUCUACUAUUCCACAGUGGAUCGUGUCAAGGAUUUGUACAGUGGCCUCGUUGGGCCCCUGAAAGUUUGUCAUAAAGGGAGCCUGGAUUCCAACGGGAGGAGGAAAGGCGUGAGCAAGGAAUUUGCCCUCCUCUUUUUGGUUUUUGAUGAAAAUCAGUCUUGGUACCUUGAGGAGAACAUGAAGAUUUAUAUCCAAGGGGAUUGGAAUCGUUCCCACCAGCAGGACGAAGAAUUUAUGGAAAGCAACAAAAUGCAUGCAAUCAAUGGUAAAGUAUAUGCAAACUUGCCCGGGCUGGAGAUGUGUGAAGGAGACUGGGUGAACUGGUAUCUGCUGGGAAUGGGCCAGGAGAUUGACGUGCACACCGUUCACUUCCAUGCAGAGACAUUCACCUACCGGAUGCAGAAAAGUGCAGAUACCAUACAUUCAAAAUUACAGCAGAAACUGCCGAAGAGGCACCUGUGGGUCCUUCUGAAGAGGAGCAUGUGGAAGCUUCUGAAGAGAAAAUCUCCCAUGAGAUCGUUUUGUUUGGCUCAAGGCUAGUCCAGGGACAUGUAGAAGCAGCCAUUGUGACUCUUGCGGUUGCUGGAGUGGUGCUCUUCAUCACGGCCAGUGUUCUUCUUGGUGUGAUCGUCCACCUCAAGAGACAAAGGAGGUUGAGACGCAACAAGCGGUCUAUAUUGGAUGAAAGCUUCAAACUGAUGCGUAGUCAAAAGCAUGAUCUUUAGCAAAGAACGGAAGAGGCCUUGGGAGUUUCUAAGCCAGGCAGUAGUAAAAAUAGCCCAGAAUAGGAUUCAGCAAUCAUUUUCUGAAAAUUCACUAAGAAAUUUUACUCGUAAGUCCUUCUGCCUAUGAUAUCCACUCUUCAUUUUAAGGUUUCCGGUAUCCCAAGCCUCAGAUUGAUUCCCAGCAGUGAUGAAAUUCAAUUUUUGAUUUACUACCGGUUCUGUGGGCGUGGCUUGGUGGGCAUGGCAGGGGAAGG